AUGGAGGGGGACAGAGCAGGGGCGAAAGACUUCUAUGGUUUUAAUGACCCAUUUGCCGGCUUUGGGAGGUUUGGCACGCGGGGAGACCUCACGCCGAGCUUUUCUGGCCGGAGUGUUCCGUUUGGUCAGCCCACUAAGCCUUUUGGUGGAAUGUUGGGGCCAAGUACUUUUGAUCAGAGAGUGUUCGGCUCGAGAGGGAGGCCUUUUGGGGAUCCCGUUGAUGGUGGAUUCUUCGGAGAAAACCGCGUCUCCCGGCUCGAAAACUCAGGGGGGCCGAUUAUCCAGGAGAUCACGUCAGACGACGAAGCAGAAAAAGAGGAGGAAGACGACACGCAGAUGAAGGAAAGCGCAACAAAGCGUGUUAGGUCUGAUUCCUUGCCGUCUGUUCAGGAACCAGAUGGAGAGAUAGAAGGUGAGGCCUUCUUUGCCGCAUAGUUUGAGCCUAUUAAUAAUUUUUUUAUGAAGAAGUUGACGAACCAACAUUUUGUAUGUUCUUGCAGAUGAAAAUACGAGGCGUUUGCAGCAGAAACCAGGAUUCCUGAGGGCUGGUUCGUCACUGCCACAGAACAGCGCUUUCAGCUUUCAUAGCUCCACUGUUACUUACGGCGGCCUUAAUGGAGCCUACUAUACUUCAUCCAAAACCAGGAGAUCAGGGGCUGAUGGAGUACGCAGAUUUCGUUGAACUUCUGUCCUCUACCCGAUCUCUAAAGCUAGCCUCUUCUUCCAUCUUCUGAUUAUAUGUUCUCAUGCAGGUGGUGGUGGAAGAAAGCAGGGAAGCUGAUGCCACCACUGGCAAAGCCACUCAUAGGAUCUCCAGAGGAAUCGGCAACAGGGUCUGUUAACAUCCCACCCUGUUAGUCUGAUCCAUCAGAUAUUUAGGUCAACGACCGCUUGACUUUAUGUGGUUGCCGAUUUCAAAACUUGCUCUUGCAGGGACACUCAGUUAUGCGGAGACUCAAUUCAGACGGUCGAGUAGAUACCAUGCAAACAUUACAUAACCUAAACGAAGGUAGUACCCGUCGACAGUGGUGUUCUUCUUUUUCCCCUCUCAGGAAGUGAUUUACAUGACUUGGUGGCGUUUUCAGGUGAGCUUGCUGGGUUUGAGCAGUCAUGGAGAGGGAGUGCAGGGCAGCAUCUACCUUAUGAAUGCUAGAGGUAAGAACCUUUAGCAAGAUUACCCGAAUGGUUGAACCUUAUGAAUGCUAUGGGAUUAUUAAUGGGUAGAAAAAGAGGCCAACAUGAUGGGAUCUUCUUUAAAAAAUCACGGUUUUAACCAAAAUACGACGGCCCCGCAGCCAUCAUCCUCCUCCUCGUUCGUUUUAAACAAGGCUGCCUUCCCCUUUUCAGUCCCGUUCAUGCAACCUCACUCCCAUCCCUCACUUUCUUUCGCAUCGUGGGUAUUUGAUUUAUGUGCCGAUUCUGUAGCGAGACUUUGUCAUAGAUUCGAAUUUUUUUCGUCUACGAUCUAAGCUAGCAAAAGGAUCUGAGUGGAUUAUAUAGCCUGCAACUAGAUCCUUAGUAGCUAGCAGACAGCCGCUUGAUUAUCGCCUAUGAUCGGGCAUUAAGGCUGGAUUUGGGAGAUCAGGAGUCAUCAACACAUGCUAUUUGAUAAUAAAUCCGCCAAGCAUCCAACGAAAUGCGCUUAGACUGGAGAAUGAGCACAGGACAUGUGAUUUAGCACGUGAGCAUGAGAACCGAAAGGGCAUGGUGGCCAAUUGUCAGACCCACUGUGCCUGGACUUUGGAAGAAAGUGGGCAGGCCAAAACUUUCCAUUUAAUUAUAUAUAUAUAUAUAUAUAUAUAUAUAUGUUUUAAAAGGAACUUCUUGGCUUCAUGGGUGGCACGUUAUCAAGGCUCAGUAGGGCCAUUGAUAAGGAAUCUUUACCUUCAUGGUGAUUGAUGGUUUCAUGGGCCGCAUGUUAUCUAACUCGUUCUUUCUCCCUUUUUUUUUUUUUUCCCCUAGAUUGAUCGGCUGGGGAAAAAUACUAUGAUUGCUUCAGACUGGUUAUAUAUCCUGUCUCCUUUUCAUAUUUAUUUUCCUUCUGUGUGUGGAACAGGAUGUCGAGCCGGACGGUCCUCGGGAGUUAGGGAUGUUCGUCGCCGAUGACUCCAGUGGAAGACGAUGUCCCAACGCCGCUGGUGGUAAUCGGGGAGGCGGAUGGUCUCUUCCUCUCGUGUAA